AGCCACUCACAGGCAGUUUACUGGUAGAGUCGGCGCGAGCAACACGUGUCGAAAUCUUACCUGUGUUCGGAAUUGUGUACGAAAAAUUCAGUUGACUGUAAUUGUUUAUAUUACAUCAAGAAAAACAUUUUGUGCCUUAGAAAGUUGACAGUAAAGCAUUGCUUCCUCAGUUCCUCCUUGCUAAGGAAACCUAAUGUUUUUUGAUCUCAGCCCCAAAAUGGGGUAAUUUAUAACUUUUUAAAGACAAUAAGUAAUUGAAUAGUAUCGUGAUUAUUGAGUGAAGUGAAGAGUUUAGUGAACGAGAGACUGAUAAAUCAGCAACCAUGUAUUCUAUGAACUAUAUUGGCAAGUUCAUUGCGAACUUUCGCGAGUUCUACAAUGAGAUUAACGGGGCGACGUUAACUGGUGCCAUCGACGUGGUGGUGGUUGAGCAGCCUGAUGGCAGCUUCACGUGCUCCCCCUUCCACGUCCGCUUCGGGAAGCUCGGCGUGCUACGCUCCAGAUUCAAAGUGGUGGAUUUAGAGCUGAACGGCGAGCCACUGAACAUUCACAUGAAGCUCGGUGAGUCGGGCGAGGCGUUCUUCGUCGAGGAAGUGGGAGAGGAUGAGGCGGAGUGCUCGGCGCACCUGGCGACCUCGCCUAUCCCAGCCGCGCGGUUCGAGGACCUCUACGAACCGCGCCGGCGAAACUCGCUCUCUGUAGUUGAACCCGACCAUGGACAGGCCUCUGAUUACACAAAGAGAAGAUAUACCGCUGAUGGACAAUCAAUGCAAAAACCUGACUUAAGUAAGAUAACUAAAAAGACUACCAAAGAGGACGAUACAAAUAAUGACAACGACGCUUUAUUUGAAAUGGACGGCCUCGACGAGGCGACUGACAAAGUAGACGGGCGAGCGCCCAGGACAUUCGCAGCCACGCAGCUCGGCGGGACCGAGAGCGAGGCGCACCAGGUGGUGCAGAAGAUCAGCGCGCACAACGACUUCAGGCCUAUCGAAGCCGUGCCGUCCAACCAGGACGAAGUGAAACCUAACGGCGGAAACGGAAAGAAAAAGAAGAAGACAAGGAAAGCGAGUUCUAAAAAACACCAAAGAAAAUCAUCAACUAGUUCAAUCUCGAGUCAGUCGGACCGCGCCGGGUCCGAGCAGCGCGCCACGCAACCCGCGCCCAUUCCCAACGUCACCGACAUCAACUUCUUCAGCGACACCGAGGUGACCGCUGCCACUCUUAGCGAAGAGAUGUCGAACCUCAAGCUGAACGGCGACAACCGCAUCCCCCUGGCGUUGUCGGACACUGCGUUUGAGGUGCACGCCGCCUCCAGACACGCAGGUUCGCGUAGUGGGACUCCGGUGCAGUCGGACACUGAGGUAGAGCUGGCCGGUCGGCAGGGCGACAAGUCGUCGCAGUCGUGGCGCUGGGGCGAGCUGCCGGAGCCGCCGGUGCGCGCGGCGCUGGAGUCGUCCGGCAACGUGUCGGGCUCCGGCGCGUCCCCCGCGUCGGGCGCCGAGCCGGCCUCGCCCACCGAGCCGCUGAGCUCGGACGAGGAGCGGCCCAGCCGCCGCGGCGUGCUCAGCGGCAUGUUCCGGUUCAUGUCCCCGCGCGACAACGAGAUGCCCACCGAAGGCGUCUACCUCGACGAUCUGGACCGAGGCCAGGUCGACCCUGAUCUCUACUUCCCGAAGCACCACGCAGACAGAUAUCGAUCUGGUGAGAUCAUUUGUACAACUGGCAGCUCGCACCCGACUACUGGUCCCACGGAAGAGGAAUACGAGUCUGGUAACGGUCCCUCUCUGCCGCAGUCUCCCGCCUCGCUAGAACCACCUACACUGGAUUCCGAUGACGAUGAGAAAUUACUAGCUAAGGGCCAGGUGGGAGUGUACGUGCAGGAGGAGCGAGUGUCUCGCGCGUUGUCGUUCGAAGAGUUCUGCGAGCAGGGCGCGGCGCUGGCUGCGGAAGGACGACUUGUCGUCCGACUGGGCGGCCGGGCCAUGCCCUGGCGCAGUGCUGGGCCACUACUACUGUCGCUACUCGCGUACCGACGACCACUGCCUAAUCGGGUACUAGAAGCUCUAGAAAAGAAUUCAGAAAAGGAUGAAUCUCAGUCGCGUCCCUCCGACAGUACAGCUAAGCCGCGCGGCUACUCUUGGUGGAGUUGGAGACGGUCCACCGGAGACGCAAAACGCACUGAAUCAUCGCCUCCAAAAGACGAUUUAAUAAAAGAAACCGUGGCGCAAAUUGAAAUGGUCACGGAAACUAAAACUGUGACGCUAAUAGAACCACAUGAGGAGAAACAGAACUCCGUAGAAGAAAAGGCAGAGGAAGUGAGAGAGUUAGACAUUGUAGAGGAGCUCGAUUCUAGAGAGUUCCUUCCUGAAGAACCGCAGUCACCGCCACAAAUCAUUGAAACUCCAGAACAAGUGGAACGACACGACCACAGUUCGUCCGAUUCGGAUCAAGAUGGACAAGUCAAGAGGCCUAAUCGCAGACAUUCGUCCUUCAGAAAAACUCUACGACUUUCUUCUGAACAAAUUAAAGACCUAAAUCUCCGCGAAGGUAUGAAUGAGAUGGUGUUCAGCGUGACCACAGCGUACCAGGGCACGACGCGGUGCAAGUGUAACGUGUUCCGAUGGCGGUACGACGACAAGAUCGUCAUCUCCGAUAUCGACGGAACAAUCACAAAGUCUGAUGUGUUGGGGCACAUCUUCCCAUUGGUGGGUAAGGAUUGGGCACAGUCCGGCGUAGCACAGCUAUUCACGAAGAUCAAGAACAACGGAUACCAGUUGUUAUAUCUAUCGGCGCGGGCUAUCGGACAGGCAAGGGUGACACGUGAGUACCUGCGGUCGAUCAGACAGGGUGAGGUAUGUCUCCCAGACGGGCCUCUGCUCCUCAACCCCACAUCGUUACUCCGCGCCUUCCACCGCGAGGUCAUUGAGAAGAAGCCUGAAGAGUUCAAGAUCCAGUGUCUCGCAGACAUCAAGGCUCUCUUCCCGGCAGGCUCAAACCCAUUCUACGCAGGCUACGGCAAUAGAGUAAACGAUGUAUGCGCAUAUCAAGCAGUAGGAAUCCCGAUUGUGAGAAUUUUCACAAUCAAUUAUAAGGGCGAACUAAAACAUGAACUGACUCAAACAUUCCAAUCCACGUACUCCCACAUGUCGGUGCUGGUGGACCAGGUGUUCCCGCCGGCGCAGUGCGAGCCCAGCGACGAGUUCUCGCAGACCGUGUUCUGGCGAGAGCCCCUCCUCGAGAUCGAGUUGCCUCCCAUAUCCCCACCGCUACCCAAACACCAUUAAUCAAAUGAUUACGUACUUUCUAUGUAAACUUUUUCAACUAUAUCGCUUCUUGUAUUCCUACUUUGAACAUAAGAUUGAAUAAUAUCAAUGUGCCUAACUCGGCUUAGCUUAAUCCACAAGUAAAUGGGAAGCAAGCAGUGGAGACUUGGUUAUUCCAUUAUUUAACUAGAGUUUCAAUGUGUAGACUGCUGAAAUGAUAGUUUCAUUUGGGCUGCUUUAGAUUUAGGAUGUUUAGUUUCAUAUGCCGUUAGUUACAAUAUAGACUUAAUGAAUAUGUAGUGAAUACCAAAAACAAUUAGGAAAUGCUUAUCUUGUAGUAUCUCGCGUGUGUUACGUAAGUUUGAUUGUUGUACUGUGAUGUGUGUAGCGGAAUAUUAUUUUGGAAAUGUCUUUACUUUUUGCAGUAAUGUAUGACUUUACUAGGGUGAAAUAUUAUUUACAAUUUAUUAUCUCUGCGAAGACUGUGUAUACAUGUUGGUAAAUGGUUUGCAGAUUUAGGUUACAAAGGAAUCAAGUUAAGUUUUGGUUUCGUCGAUUAUGUAAGCUGUGAUGUCGUCGACUGAUAACGAUGCUUUAUUUUUAUACUGUGAUUACCUAUUCGUACGUGCUAAGUUAUAUUUGUGUUAAAGCAAUACACAUUCGUAAAAUGCAGAGGCUUAGCUUCUGAUAGAUUUAUUAUAUUCUUUGUAAUCAACGCCACUUUUGAUUUUGAAGCAUUGAUUUGUAAUAGUUAAUAUUAUGUCGAAUUAGAAUUUCGUAUAUUUUUUAAAAUAAUUUAUUGUUGUUUCUGUGAUUGUUUCAAUAAAUAUUUUCAGAAAUAACUAAA